AUGGCGCUCACAUCCAUUGGGGAAGAGACGUACAGUGCACGGCAUCCUUUGCUGCAAAAAAACAAGUUCGGCGGCGGAUGCAGAUCAUCGUCAGAAGAGGAGGCCACUUCCAAGGCAGUGUUCCGCGUCGUCGGGAUGACUUGUUCUGCUUGCGCUGGACCCGUCGAGGAGGCUAUUAAGCGGCUCCGAGGGAUUCAUGAAGCUGUCAUUGACGUGCUGAACAAUCAAGCUCAAGUCCUUUUCAACCCUAACUUUGUCAACCUGGAGAAAAUUUGUGAGACUAUUCAAGAUGCUGGAUUCGAAGCAUCACUGAUAGAAAACGAGGCUAAUGAGACGUCCAUAAAAGUAUGCCGGAUAAGAAUAAACGGAAUGACAUGUAGCUCAUGUUCUUCGACCAUAGAACGAGUUCUGCGAGUAACUAACGGUGUACAAAGAGCCCAUGUUUCCCUAGCACUUGAAGAAGCCGAAGUUCAUUAUGAUCGGAGACUAGGUGACCAUGACAAACUACUGGACGAGAUAGAAAGCGCUGGAUUUGAAGCCCUACUUAUAAGCACAGGCGAGGAUUUGAGCAAGAUUGAUUUAAAGAUUGUUGGUGAGUGUGUUGAUGAAUCCAUCAAAACAUUACUUGAAGCUCUUCCUGGAGUUCAAAGUGUGGAGUUCCAUCAUGGAACAGAUAAGAUCAUAUCCGUGUUGUACAAACAUGAUGUGACCGGGCCAAGGAGUUUCAUUAGGGUCUUUGGUCGGACCAAACUCAAAGCGACAAUAUUCUCUGCGGGAGAGGAAGGCAGAGAGUCUCAGAGGCAAGUGGAGAUUAAGAAGUACUAUAAGUCGUUUAUUUGGAGUCUGGUUUUUACUGUACCAGUGUUCUUGACAGCCAUGGUGUUUAUGUACAUCCCUUGGAUUAAUCAUUUGCUGAUGUUCAAGGUCAUCAAUAUGCUCAACACUGGAGAAAUCAUAAGGUGUGUUUUGGCUACUCCUGUCCAGUUUUUAAUAGGUUGGAGGUUUUAUUAUGGCUCUUACAAAGCUUUACGCCGAGGAUCUGCUAACAUGGAUGUCUUGAUAGCUCUGGGAACAAACGCAGCUUAUUUCUACUCAUUGUAUUCAGUGUUGAGAGCUGCAUCCUCUCCUGGUUUCAAGGGAGAAGAUUUCUUUGAAACUAGUUCCAUGCUCAUCACUUUUAUCUUGCUAGGCAAGUAUCUGGAGGUUAUGGCUAAAGGGAAAACUUCUGAUGCAAUCUCAAAGCUUAUGAAGUUAACACCGGAUACAGCCAUAUUGUUGAGUUUGGACAGUGAAGGGCAAGUGACUGGUGAAGAAGAGAUUGAUGGUCGGUUGAUACAGAAGAACGAUGUUAUCAAGAUCCUUCCUGGUGUCAAAGUAGCUUCAGAUGGUUAUGUUGUAUGGGGGAAAAGUCAUGUGGAUGAGAGUAUGAUGACUGGAGAGGCAAAUCUAGUGGCUAAGAGAAAGGGUGAUACAGUUAUAGGAGGGACUUUGAAUGCGAACGGAGUGUUGCACGUUAAGGUUACAAGGGUUGGUUCAGAGAGUGCACUUGCACAGAUUAUUCGGCUUGUUGAGUCUGCUCAGCUUGCCAAGGCUCCUGUACAAAAGUUGGCUGAUACGAUCUCCAAAUUCUUUGUUCCCCUGGUGAUCUCCUUCUCGCUCUUGACUUGGCUUGUGUGGUUCUUUGCUGGUAAGCUCCACUGGUACUCUGAAUCUUGGAUACCUGCUUCUAUGGAUAGAUUUGAACUAGCUCUUCAGUUUGGGAUAUCAGUCAUGGUUGUAGCCUGCCCCUGUGCUCUUGGGCUGGCUACUCCAACUGCUGUUAUGGUUGGCACUGGGGUUGGUGCAUCCCAAGGUGUGUUGAUAAAGGGUGGUCAAGCCCUAGAAAGGGCUCACAUGGUUAACUGCAUUGUCUUUGACAAGACAGGAACACUCACGAUGGGGAAGCCCGUGGUUGUUAAAACAAAACUGCUGAAAAACAUGACACUCGGAGAGUUCUAUGAACUUGUUGCCGCAACUGAGGUAAACAGUGAGCAUCCUCUAGCAAAGGCCAUCGUCAACCAUGCCAAGAAAUUCAGAGAUGAUGAAGAGAACCCUGCAUGGCCGCAAGCACAUGAGUUCUUGUCUAUCACUGGAAACGGAGUAAAAGCAACCGUUAAAGGAAGAGAGGUUAUGGUGGGAAACAAGAACCUUAUGUCUCAGCAUGGAGUUUAUAUUCCAGAGGAUGCUGAAGAGAUGCUAGCAGAAGCUGAGGAGAUGGCUCAGACAGGGAUUCUUGUCUCUGUGAACAGAGAACUAACAGGACUCUUGGCUGUCUCGGAUCCUCUAAAACCUAGUGCUCGAGCAGCCAUCUCCAUUUUAAAAUCCAUGAAUAUCGCAAGCAUCAUGGUGACUGGUGACAACUGGGGAACUGCAAAUGCCAUUGCUCGUGAAGUUGGUAUUGACUCUGUUAUGGCAGAAGCCAAACCCAAGCAGAAAGCAGAGAAAGUGAAGGAGCUACAGGCUUCGGGUCAUGUUGUGGCGAUGGUGGGUGAUGGAAUCAAUGAUGCCCCUGCCCUUGUGGCGGCUGACGUAGGGAUAGCAAUUGGGGCAGGGACCGACAUAGCCAUAGAAGCUGCUGACAUAGUUCUGAUGAAGAGCAAUCUAGAAGACGUGAUAACAGCCAUUGAUCUUUCCAAAAAAACCUUUUCAAGAAUCCGUCUCAACUACGUAUGGGCUCUCGGGUAUAACCUCAUAGGGAUACCCAUUGCUGCAGGAGUGCUUUUCCCGUGGACACAUCUCAGGUUGCCUCCGUGGUUUGCUGGUGCUGCAAUGGCUGCUUCUUCUGUUAGUGUUGUGUGUUCUUCCCUCUUGUUAAAGAACUACAAGCGGCCAAAGAUGCUCGAUAAUCUGGAGAUCUGUGAGGUUCUAGUUGAGCGAGUUUAGAAGAGCGAAACUUAACCAACAACAGGAAAAUUUUGAACCAACAAAACCGUCGGUUUAGUAUUUCGCACCUUUUAUAAUUUUAUUUACAGCAUUUUAGUUAUUGGUUUGUAGCUAAGAACAGGAUCAGAAAAUACAUGUAGUAGAACAUGUCAAGUUCUUGCAGUCUCUAUCUUUCUCUU